AUGAUGAUGGCGUAUCACUUCGGCAUCGCCGCGACGAUCGCCGAGAAGUCAAGCUUGAUGGACCGCGUCGACCGCGUCCACGGCACGUCAGGAGGCGCGAUCGUAUCCCUCGUGCUCCUCGAAGCGCCGGAGGCCAUUCGCGAUUGCUUGGAGCACUAUGUCUCGGGCGAGUUCUUCGAGGAGCUCCGGGCGCGCGAGGUGCUCAAGCCGCACGACGUGCUGCUGAAGCGGACGCUCGACGCCGUCGGCGUCACGCGAGACGGCGCGGCCCGGCGCCUUUCGGGCAAGCUCGUCGCGCACACGACGACGUUCGAGGACGGCGCCUCCGGCCACGGAACGUCUCGCUGA